UGACACUUUAGCUGCCAAGCACACAAACACAGGCACACACACAUACACACACACAGCUAUGCCCGCCAUGUUGCCGGGAAGCGCAAAUGUGUCUAGCAUGGGCGCGACCACGCCCCCUUUGUCUGAGCUGCAACUGUUUCACAGUGAGAAAUUCCUUUUGAAUUUAACCCAAGUGCUGAACAUAUCAGCGGACAAUCUGACGGAGCUGCUGCAGGGACUGGAGCCGCACGAUCUGCUGACGAACCAAAGCUCGCACACAAUGGCCACCCACAUGGGUCUAUUAGCCACGCUCAGCAUUGGCUAUGCGCUCAUCUUUAUUGCCGGCGUGCUGGGCAACCUAAUCACCUGCAUUGUCAUCUCGCGGAACAAUUUCAUGCACACGGCCACCAAUUUCUAUCUAUUCAAUUUGGCCAUAUCGGAUCUCAUACUGCUGUGCUCGGGCAUGCCGCAGGACCUAUAUAACCUCUGGCACCCAGACAGCUAUCCCUUCUCAGACGGCAUUUGCAUACUGGAGAGCGUGCUGUCCGAGACGGCGGCCAAUGCCACCGUCCUGACCAUCACCUCGUUCACCGUGGAGCGCUACAUUGCCAUUUGCCAUCCGUUCAGGCAGCACACCAUGUCCAAGCUGUCGCGUGCCAUCAAGUUCAUCUUUGCCAUUUGGAUAGCCGCCCUGUUGCUCGCCCUCCCGCAGGCCAUUCAAUUCUCCGUGGUCACACAGAGUCCGGGCUCAUCAUGUACGAUGAAAAACGACUUUUUUGCACAUGUCUUCGCCGUGUCCGGCUUUCUGUUCUUCGGCGGGCCGAUGACGGCCAUCUGUGUGCUGUACGUGCUCAUCGGGAUCAAGCUGAAGCGCAGCCGUCUGCUCCAGGCGCUGCCGCGUCGCAGCUACGAUGUUAAUCGCGGCAUCAGCGCCCAGACGCGCGUCAUCCGGAUGCUGGUCGCUGUGGCAGUUGCCUUCUUCAUCUGCUGGGCGCCCUUCCAUGCUCAGCGCCUGAUGGCUGUCUAUGGGUCCACCUUUGGCGUCGAGUCGCAGUGGUUCAACGACCUGUUCAACGUAUUGAACUAUGCAUCCGGCGUGCUCUACUUUCUGUCCACCUGCAUCAACCCGCUGCUGUACAACAUAAUGAGCCACAAGUUUCGCGAGGCAUUCAAGGUGACAUUGGCUCGUCAAUUCCGACUCUCGGGCAAGCAUCAAGGUCACGGCUUGCCGCACAAUUACAGCGCGCUGCGGCGCAAUCAAACGGGCUCGCUGCGCCUGCACACAGACAGCGUGCGUACAACCACAACUCUGACCACACUGAACGGCUGCAGCAGCAACGGGACUGCAGCUGGCGGCGCACGCAACUCGCAGCGCUUGCAGCGAGGGUCGCUCAACAGUUCGCACGCCACACUGCUGAGCACGCAGAGUCGCAGCAGACAGGACUUGUUUGCAGCCCGUGUGGCAGGAGGGGAUGGGGCAGCAGCAGGAGCAGCAGCAGCAGCAGCAGCAGCAGCAGCAUGAAUUCUACAGCAACUACAACAAACAAAAAUAAUUCCAAUUUGCGGCCAACCUAGCGCCAACUCAAUUCCUAGCAAAUACUUAGUCAUAUAUAUGUAUACUAUAUACUCGUUAUGUUUCUGAUCUGCUUGCAUGUGUCUCAAUUUCUCUUAAUAAAGCAGUCACAUUUUAGCUCUCAU